UUAACAAUUAAGAUAGGAAAAUGGAAGCCCCAAAACGCAUACCAAACAUCGUAGCAAAUUACUCAAGUUUGCAUCCAUUGAAAUAUGAACAGCACUGGCGAGAAAAUAUUUCGGACAUUUUGCAAGGAAUGCGCAGACUUUUACCAAAAGUUGAUGUCGAUGUUGCGGAAGCUGAAUACACCGAACUCUUGAGAUGUGAGCAUUUGUUGAAAGAUCUUCACCCAAGUAAGUACAUAGCUCUAAAAAGAAGUCGAAUGGAUAACAGUAAUCCAACUCAUCCGUCAGAGCACCUUACUGGAGUUCUGUAUCACAUCAUUCAGAACGCCAAAGAAACUCCCGUCAGCUACAAGAUCCCAGCGGCCCUUAAUGAGCUGGUGUCCCUCAAACGGUCAAAGGGGGUGUUAGAGGAACUGCAACUCAAAGAACAGGACAAAGAAAGAAAAUCUAAGAGAUCUCCCAAAAGUACUCCAGAAAAAGAAAAAAGAAAGUCUAGGAAAGAAAAACAACCAGACUUGGAUGUCAAUCUGCAAAGAGUAGAUAGGUCACCAGAAAGAUCACGUUCUAAAUCACCGAAUAAACUUAAGGAGAACGACUGGACCAUGGUGCCAUUUGAUGAUUAUUUAAAACUAAAGAGUACAAUAGAAUUUCAGAGAUCUAAAAUUGCAGAAUUAACAAACAGACUGACGCAUUCCUUAAACAUAAAGGAAACUGAUGAAACAAAUUACAUCAGUAGCCCUGACGAUGAAGGUCGCCCUACGCGUCUCGCCGAACGCUUUGCUACUGUUUAUGAAGAGGAAUGGAACGACGCAUUUGAUGCAUUGACGAUGUCUCUUCGAUGGGGGGAAAUGGACGCCAUUUUUCAUUUGCUGCGGAUUGUCAGAUAUAUUUACGACUACUGUGAAACAACUGCGAAAGAGCAACUUGAAAUGUUAGAAAAUGUUUUGUACGGCCCUAUGAUUCACCCAAAACGUCAGUACAAGAGUAACGAUGACUUCCAAUGUCUGCAUGAAGGCCAACAGCUACUGAUGUCAUCAUGCGCUGCGAGAUGCGCAAAGGACUUUCGAAAGGUUAACGCAGGAGUCUCCGUUCCUGAGCUUUGUGUGGACUUUAAAGAGCAAGUGGUGAGGCACAUUUUCAAAUGGGAUCUUGACCUUUUACCUGCAGCUGUGCUCAAUUUUAUUGACAAAUGUAUGGAAAUAAUUUGGUUCAUGUGUAUUCAGGAACCUCCAAUGGUGAUCACUUGGGCAAAUGAUGGGGAGAGUGUUAACACCAAUUACUACACGUUCUACUCACGAAAGGGAGAAAUUGUAAAACAGCCCGUGUGGCCGGCUGUUUUCCUCCAACACGGCGGCCCCCUUCUUACAAGAGGAGUUGUUGUUCCUGUUUAAGAGAUUGCCCCAUUUUCAUAUUUUCAACAGAAAGUACAUUCUUUUCUACUACCUUAAUAUAAGUAUUAGUAUAAUGUGACUGUAUGUUGUUUCUCUUUAAUAUUUUAUUACUAUUAAACAUGGUUCUUAA